AUGCGCGAAAGAUGUGCUCAAACUCCUAACGUCGAUGAAUGUACACGAGUUAAAUCACAAAUGGAAGAUUUACUUCGUAAAUGUCGUGAAAUGGUAACACCAGUACCAGCUUGUAAUGAUGUCAAAGAUAAAUAUUGCUUUAUAUGGCCUAAAGAACUUUAUUGUUCUGGAUUUGUACCCCAGCCACCGACAUGGAUUACUGAUUCCGAUUGGACUCAAGUUCCAUCUGAUCCAAACGAGCUUAAAAGACGUGGAGAUUACUGUGUUACGCAUCAAGCCGAACUUAAAUGUCGUAACCUCUUAAAUGCAUUGAAAAUUCGCUAUGACGAAUGUUCUAAACGUCCAAAAACUGAUCUUAGUUGUCAAAGUUUUAAAGCUUCACUUUGUUCAGCUUUUCCGCAAUUUUCUCCAUGUCUCAAUGGUGGUGGCGGAUUACUACGACGAGCCAGUCGCCUGGAAAAUUACCUUCGAAAACGACAAAAGGUAUUAACACAUUAUCGCAACUAA